AUGGAUCAAACAAUUCAAAAUAAAUUUAUACCACAGCAAUUGCUUUAUUUUAUUGCUGGUCGGCGUUGCUGCUUACAAUUUGCCUGCAGUUUCCGCACACAAGAUCACAAUAAAUUUACAGAAUGCGCACAUUCUCUAGGCUUACGUUCGCAAUACGUUGUUAGUGACGGCCAAGGAUGCAUGAAGAUAUUCAAACAGUCUUGCCGCCACUAUUUGGAAAAGCCCAAAACGCUGGCACUGUCUCAGUCAACUGUAAUGGCAAUGUCAUCAUUACUGCCAAACACAGUCGUUUUUGGAAGAGAUGAGCUACAAAUGUCAGCGGAAUUCAUUAGCCUGAAGAUUCCGUCGCUACAUGUUCCGAUGGCGGCAGUUCGGCCGCCAGCACCACGACUUAAAUCGGAGAAACAUCGUGAAUUUUUAAAUAGGAUUCCAAGCUUCGCAUGCCUAAGUGACAUACUGACCUCAAUUUACUCACAUCGCGUUUUUGUUUUUAAAGCUGAACUUUAUGCGGAUAAAUCGUUGCUAUUUCCAAUCAUCAUUUUAGAGGAUUCUGAAUUCAAAAAGUCCAACUUGAAGAUCAUCUGCGUCGAGCGGGAGAAUAUUGUCGCCAGCUAUAAUAGCGGCAGAUUGGCUGACUUUUUAGGUGAAAAUGUUGGCGAAACUGUUGGCAUAGAAGUGCCACAACACAGUUGUCUUAGCUCCAACACGCAUAUUGUGUUCACAACUGCCAAAUACUUUCUACGCUCAUUGAUCAACAAGAGCCCAAGGAAUCUGAAUAACAUAAGUCACUUUCUGGUGAACGAUGUACAUCUACACGAUCCAUACACUGACAUCUUAUUGUGCGAAUUGAAAAAGGCGUUGACUGUUAACCAGAAUCUAAGAAUCAUACUGCUUUCACAAGGAUGCGAUUCACAACAAUUUAUCGCGUUCUUUGGCGAAGGCACUGAAUUCACUGCAAAUCAAACUUGCCCAUCAUCAAACCUUCAGAUUUCUUAUAUUGAAGACGUUCAAAAUCGUAUUAGUACAGCCAAAAUUUAUAAAGGCUUGGAAAUUUACAAGAAGAGACCACAAAUCUUCAGAAAUAAAAGCGUGAGAAAUGAGCAACUUGAUAAAUGCCUGCAGGUCUAUGAAGAGCUUGGAACCGAUACGGCUAUUCGUCUAUUUCUUUACUCGGUCAACUACGAAUUCUCUCCUAUAAACUAUCAGCACUCGUUUACUGGAAAAACGGCCAUUAAUAUUGCCGUAAAGUUGAAUAAUAUCAACCAUCUGCGUUUGCUCCUGUACAUGGGUGCCAAUCCAUACCUCAUCGAUAAUCACCACGAAAAUGCUAUAUAUAUUGCUAACUCAAGAGGUUUCACCGAAUGUGCUGAUAUCCUUAAUAAUUACAGUCGUCAUGGUUUUGUUUAUAAGAAUGCAAAACCCGAAUUUGUUGAUUAUGAUGUUAUAAUUGAUAUUAUCUAUCUUUUAUGCGCUAAGACCGACUUCCCACCAGGAAACAUAUUAAUCAUUUUGCCAACUUACUAUCACAUGGUUAAACUAAACUAUAUGUUGUUAAUACACUUGAUAAUUGGCAAUUUGCGAUCCUUUGCCACGUAUGUGUUGCAUGAUGACAUGAACAUGGAGUAUUUGCACUCAUUAAUUAACGCUGACGCUAAUACCAUUAAGAUAGUUUUGGCCACUGGCAUUAUUGAGUCACUGCAUCUUCCAGUCUCAUUUAAAUACUUGAUAGACACUGCGUGCGAGAGGAAGAUUUGGUAUGAUGGUCGCAUUUGCAGCACUGUGGAUGCAAUCGAAUGGGUCGCCAAAGAUUGCCUCUUGAGGAGAAUCAAUAUUUUAAACACUGAAGUUUCAACCGAUUGUCAGUGCUUUCGUUUAAUGCCAAAAGAUACUUACCAAAAGCUGCAGGAGACAGGAUUGCCGGCAUUGCAGACAAUGCAUUUGGAUAAAAUCUGUUUGAUUGUCAAGUUACUGUCUCCGAAUACGAUAAUAAGUGAAUAUCUAUCGUAUACCAUUGCACCGCCUCCGUAUAUUAACAUACAUCAGACUGUGCAGUUUUUAAAGAAGAUUGACGUGCUGGAUGAUUCGGAGGAUGUUACUUGGUUGGGAUGUCGCCUGGUGGACAUACCUAUAUCUUGCCAACUGGGACGUACUUUAAUCUUUGGCAUUCUACUACAAUGCCUGGAUCCCAUCUUGACCAUUGUGAGCUCAUUGUGCACCGCUGAUCCACUCAGCAUUCCUUUGAACGAAGACAUUGAUUCUUUAUGGGAUCGGUUUACAAUCUAUAUACAAAACUGCAUUAAAGGCGAACGUAAUCGUUUAGCGGCAGAUCAGUUUUCGGAUCACUUUGUAUUCUUACGUCUCUUUGACGAAUGGCAAAACCGAUUGAAGAACAAUAUUCCAUCAUUAUACCUCACCGAUGAGCACGAAUUUAUGCUGAAUGGCCUAAUGGAGCAAUUAAAUUGUACUCGUUCUAAGAUCCUUAGUGCAUUGCGAGCUGUAAAUUUGGUACAAUGCCAAGGCCCGUUGAGUACACAAAGCGUCAGCUCCAAAUCGAAUAAUUGGCCAUUGGUUAAAGCCGCCUUAACGGGCGGCAUGUAUCCAAACAUUUGUGCUGUGGACCAAAGAAAUGGAACCAGAUGCAUAAAAUCAGCUUACUCCAUGGAAAUAAGUCUGCAUCCCAACACUGUGAUCCGUGACUUCUUGGAACCAUUAAAUAUAUCUGCCCAAGGCGUCUUGAAUGGAUCGCAGUGGAUCGUGUGUAGCAAACAAAGAGACAACAUUAAAUAUGCAACAAUAGUUCUUCCUCUGUCGGUCGCUUUAUUUGCUGGCUCCACUAAUUUGGGAUCUGGGCAGAUUUUGGAGAUUCAGCCGUCACCAAACGAUGACAAUAUACAUUUCUUUAUAGAUGAAUGGAUUUGGAUGGUUGCAUCUAAAUCCAAUUACGAACCUGUGAUGAAAGCCCGCGAACAUUUCUUCAGAUUCUACCAAUAUCUCUUAAUGAACUGCAGCGAUGCACAAAAAUGGCGUGGAGAUUCAUCGAUUAUAGAACAGUAUCUUUUACUCGUCGAAUCGUUCGCUUCCAUGUUUGCCAAUGAAGACUACGAGGCCGGCUUUAAAAAGUGCCCACAAAUCGGUUUUAAGCCACUUGCAAAGCUACCAAAUAAUUAUUUGCUGAGUAUUAAUACGCACUUUAUUUGGCCGCGUCAAAUCGAUGAUAAAUCUGCCCUAACACAGCGCCAGAAUAUUGCCGAAAACUAUUUACACAUUGCCGAAAAGCAAUAUUUUUUGCUUUACACACAAGAGAGUUCCAGUAAUUUUUAUCAAAAUGUUGAUGCAUCGUAUAUUGAGAGUGUGAUUGGAAAAUUUGUCAGACCCAUCGAGUCUCCGAACAGACAUAUAUAUGUAAUUUUGUAUUCUAAAGAUCCAGAUGUAUGUUUAAGCAUCAGUCGUGUUAAAAUUCAGAAAGGCGAAAUCAUCUUUAAGGAAUAUUUCAGAAAUGUUCUGCCAGUAUACGAAAUUUUGGAAGGAUGUGCAUCUUUAAAGUUGAAUGCGCCCAGUUUUGAGGGUCGUCUUUUGUCGUCGCUCAUCGACAAACGAGUUGGAAACGUGAUCAUGGAUUUAUUUGCUUUCCGACACCGUUGGGUGCACAAUAAAUAAUACUUUAUAUAUUUUUCAUUUAA